UGUGCACUUGCUCUUGCUCUCCCUCUCUCUCCCUCUGCAUGUGUCUCUGCUACUGCACUCUCAUGUGCCUCUGACGCUCUCUCUUUUCUCUCCCCUCCAGUCUCCUCUCCCUCUCUCUAAAUCUCUCCCUUCUGGGACCUGUGGCCUUACUACCCCCCUCCCCUCUCCUCUCCUCUUAUCGACGCUCCCCUCGCAUGUGGCUACUCCUACUGGCCUGCCCCGCGUCGGCAAGUUCAGAAGAGAUCGCCUGACAAGGGCAGAGGGGAAGCUGUUGCUCUCGCACAGCUUAUACGACGACCGUUACCAAGGGCCAGCUGUCGCCACGGCACCGCGACCUGUGACCUCUGGCUCGUGGAAGCGUCUAGACGUCUUGGCAGCGACAAGACCCGAGACCAGCUAGGAUAAUGGGCAACCUCGUAUGCAGCGCAAGACGAAAAAAGGCAUCAGAAGCCAAUAAUGAAUCUGACGAUGCAGACAAGGUGGACAAAGACACAAGUGGGCCGAAGGAGGAAGUCCUGUACGCAACAAUUGACCACGGCAACGGCAAGAAAACAGGAAAUACGAUGCAGAUAGUGGAGGGAGAUGACUGUGACUAUGCGAUCGUCAAAAUCCCCUCUGAGGACAAGCUGUCAAUCAGAGAGGACUGCACUGACGACUAUGUGCUCAUGGGCUGAGCCUACGGAUGCCUAUUAGGGACAUGAAGCCAGAGGAGAGAAUGGCUGAACCAGGGUUGCACAUUUUACUGCUGACAAACAUUGAGAUACGCAGAGUACAGUAUGUACGUUGGAAUGUUAAACCAAUAGACUUUUCUCACGCAUCAGGUAUACAGAGAGGGUUGAUUUCAGUGUUUGUCUCUCUCUCUCUCUCUGUCUCCAUCAUACAUACACACACACACAAACACAUACACAAACACACACACACACACACACACACACACACACACACACACACACACACACACACACACACACACACACACACACACACACACACACGUCCGUACCACAUGAAAUCCCGAGAACUUUGCAUUUGCUGUUCACAUGUUACAAUGUAUAGACUUGUGGUGUGUGGUGACUUUUUUUCUGAGAAAUGAUAGCUAUACAUUUACUGUAAACUACUUUGUUUACGGAAAUAUUGAGGCAUUUGUUGUACCUUUCGCUUGUGAACUGAAGUAUGAAUGUACAGUAUGUAUGUGCGUAUGAGAAUUUUGUAUUUAUCCUCUUUAAUUUAUUCACAUCCAAAAGUUAGACUUUUUGAUGUUUAGAUUUCUAUAUUGUCUUUAUCAUUAUGUUGGUUGUGGUGUGUUUAUAAUGUGUGUGUAUUUGUUUUGGAUAUUGACAUGUAAUAGCAGCAUGUGGGGCCACACAAAAUCUACAGCAAGGAAUGACCCUUUCCAAGAACAUGGACACAAGUCCAAGUUAUCUCAAGAGUUACACCCGUGCUAAGCAGGGCCUGCAACUGAAGCACUCUAUGUGCUAAGCAUAAAGCUAGCAUACAGAUAGUUUUAGAGGACUAGUCUAUUUUUUUUUUUUUUUUUUUUUGAAAGUACACGCAGCUAUCACAUCUGGUUUAGCCAGAUCUGCUGAUGACAGCUGAAGCUAAUUGUUGCGGCAGACGCUACACGAACGGAAGGCUUCAGUCAUGUGCCCGGUAUAGCCUUUUUGCUGAUAAAGCUAAUAAAAGAGUUGCAUGGCCUGCCUCAUUUUACAUGCACAUCAAAACCAUAGUGCUUUGUGAUCGCAAGGUUCAUUUAGUCAGACUUAUCACCAAUUCUCGUUCCUGAAAUGCCCUAGUUUAAUAAUGCAAGGUAGUUAAGUAUUGAAAUAAAUAAAUAAAAAGAGUGAAUAUGU